AUGCCAGCAAUCGAUCUCCCACCUGGAGCAUCGCCAUCCGCCAUCCAGCGGUACCGGUACGAAGUAGUGCGUUCUCUUACGGAUGUGAGCAGGGCAUUGGGGACUGUGAUGCCCGCCGGCUCCAUCGAAUCACGGUCCGCUGAGCUGGCUGGUGAUCCCCUCUGGUGUGCACCAGUGGUGAACAGUGGUGAGAAGCGGUGGUGUUGAUUGGGCAUUCGCCGCCAGGGUUCAUGCAACUGCGUGGAUUUGUUGGCAGUUGCAGUGGUGCGGGCGGGGGCGUGGCAGAUGUGUGGAGAUUCCACGACCGGACCGGCGUGAUGGGUGUUGAUGGGUUUUGAUGGGGGAGUUGAGGCGAGGACUAGACUGCCCUGACUGCCCUCACUAAACAGCAGACAGCCUACAUCUCAUCGCUUGCACCAGACCAGACCUCGUCUUCUUGCGCUUCUUUCUUUUUCUGCUGCGACUGCUCAUUCCAUCCCAUACCAAAGCACUACUAUAACCCUCCAGACCGGCGCGAACCUUGACGGGACGAUAUACUCGUGGCCCCUAACUGUCGCGGCUACUGUUCCUGCUACUGUUCCUGCUACCGUUGAACCCCAACUUUCCCAGCAUCUUCCUCUUAUCAGGAAAGCCGAGCCCGCCGUCAUCCCACCACCCUCAACCCAGCACAUACAAGCAAUAGCACAAGCAUCAGCACCAGCACCAGCCGCCUCGUUUCCUCGACAGCUGCACUGCACUGCACUAACAACACCCCAUCACCACAACAACCUGCCCUCCACCACCAUUCACUCACUCCUCCCCUCUCCCUCACCCUCACCCUCCCCAAAUAUAACUUCAGAACCCCCCUCCCUCUGCCAUCUCGAGGCGCACAAGCUCGAGAUCGCAUCCCGUCCUGCGCCCGAUGGAGCCAUGAUACACAUGCAGCGUUCUCUUUCCCUCCCAGGGCCCGCACACGCAUCCCCUCGUAUGUUAUACUGCUGCUUUGCGCAAAUUUAAGAACAUUCCAAUUCCUUGCUGAAAAACUUUAAAUUGGAUCUAUACGAAAUAUACUUACCAAUCUGCAAACCUCAUAGCUGCAUCCCCCACCAUUACGCAGGUUUCCUCGAGAAGUCCGACCCCAUCUCCUCUCGAAAGUCAUGUAAUUGUUCCCCCCAGACUACACCGAUAUUCCUCACGAAGCCCGAGUCGACCCCCAACAUCCUAUAAAGAAGCUCCCACGGAACGAGAGAGGAACCGAAGUGCUACAAGAACGAACACGAACACUAGCACUAGCGCUCGACGAGCUUCCCCUUCCCCAGCACCCGAAAAGCGCGAAAAGUCCCAAUCCUCUCGCCAGCCCAAGGAGAUAAUUGCCAGAGCUCCAUCCCCCGUCAAAUUGCCCUACCGUCCUCUUCUCCAGGAUAUAUCGCAGUACUCCAAUCCACAAAUUGCGGUACUAACAGCCUCCACGGCUUCCACCACCCUGGAGGAACUUGCCCAUUUAGUUCGCCUCUCCACAUACCAGGAAAAGAAGAGAACCCAUUCUCGUGUGCGAUUGCAACGCUCCCUUGUCUCCACUGCCCUUUCAGCGCGGUUGGCAAGAUGCGGCGAAUUGGCCCACCGGACGUUGGUUGACAACUUUAGGGGCGACGAGAAGAAAUCCUUUGCAACUCUCUAUAAUGCCAUCCAUGAUGUCCGGAAUUCAUGUGAUGCCACUCGACGGUAUGCCCUAUUGGAACCAGACCUAGAUGGCGUCCGCCCAACUAUGAGCAACGGAGAGGAAACUGGUUCCUUGUCAACGUUUAUGCAUGAAAUUCCGCGGCGUUCUCGCGAAACCCUGAUCAGAUUUCUGACCCAGAUCAGGACUAACCCAGAUUAUUUGGCCAGCCGUUUGUCCUGCCUUUCACCCUCUGAGCUUUCCGCUCUCACAGUCUUCCACCAGGGAUUGGAACCCAUGGACUCUGUUUUGCCUUUUCACACCCGUUCUAAAGCACAUAUGGCAAGUAAUCACCGAAACUCCAGCCAAACCUCCCCCACUGCAGUUGAGCGUUUGCUUUCUUUCCAACGUCAUGACCCCCUAUCUGCUUUGAUUCAUACAUGCUUUGCAAACUCGGCUGGGCCAGACUCUUUGGAAGACCUCCGGAGAACUGAUGUAUGGGCAACCGCCUGUGCAAAAUUGAUUACCGAUAAAAAGACCGGCCUGGAUGCCUUCAUCUGCAGUGUUCUUAAUGUUUGGACUUCCAUGAGGGAUUGGUCCGGACGAAGUAACAUGGAAUGGUAUCUUAUGAAAAUUCUUGAAGAUGGUGCCUUCUUAUUGGAAAAAGCCGAAGACCAGGCUGGGACUCGUAUCCACGUGGAACCACGAAAUGCCAAGGAUUCCAUAGCCGCGGAUGAGUUUUAUACUGCAGCUGUCCAGGGGCUUUUUGAGAUUGUGGAUGAUCCUGGAGCUGGUGGUAUUCCCGAGGGUCUUCUUGAACUUGGAAAUGCCAUACUUCGUAAGCUUGAACCCAAGGCACAUGCACCUACCAAGGUUUUCCUGGUUUCGAAAUGCCUCUUUUCAACAUUUCUGCUGAAUGCCAUCAUACAUCCAGAGGUAACGGAUUCCUCGCUUAUAUAGAGACACUACCGCUAACUUUUCAAGGCUUACGGCAUGAUGUCAGAGUACCAUAUCACCGAAUACGGUAGACAAAAAAUCUUGAAAGAAGUUGCAAUGCGUGCAUCAAAAUAUGUCGUAGAUUUAGUUUGGUAUGUUACUCUUCAAGAAGGCGAGCAAUAAUACUAACCAAUUCUUUAGGCAAAAAGCUUCGAUUCCGCUUCCAAUCAAGGGCCAUAUUGAGCGGAUCCUGUCACGUUUCCGUUCAAGCCGUACUUCUAAGUCCAAGGCAAAACUUCUUCCUGCCCGGUCUAUCACAUCUCUACGAGAAACGGUGGAAGUCCAUCCGUAUCUUGUUCUAGGCCCAUCGGACUUGGUAACCAUUGUCAAUGCUCUCUUUCCUGAGAGGCGUUCUGCUUCAAGUACCUUGGCAAGAGACAUUCAUGGCCUCCGAUCAUCGGCUUCAUCCAUUUCGGGGAUGUCCUCCAUGACAGCUUCUAUUCCAAUAAGUACACCGCGCCAUGCUUUUGACAACCAAUCAGUUAUCAGUACCAGCGGUUCCUCGGUCAUCAGCGACAUUACCACCUCACGUGAACCCCUACUGGACGAUGGUUCGAGUGCAAUCAACAGGUAUUCUUCGGCCCAAACCCAGCGUUCGAGCUUUUACGAGGAUGAUGCUUUCGAGCUACGUGUGGCUCUUGAGGAGAUGACACAGACUUUAGGUUUCGAUGGUGCCACUGCAACCUGUCAUCCUUGCGCUGAGAAUUGGGCUGUUUUGUUCAUAUCACCUGAUGGCCAAGGUCUUUCUACCCAGAUGCUCCACGAUCCCGAAGAUGAUGCUGAAGAGGAAGAAUUUACUGCGAGCAGCGACAGUGAAGAUGAUACUUAUAGUUCUCGUCCAGAUCUAGACAAAGAUUAUCACCAGUUGCGUGAUUCGAUUCUGAAAUUGGUUGAGGAUUACGAAAUCCCACACUCCCUGAACUCACGGGCAGAGUCCAAGACGUUCAGCAAUCGAACGUCAGCUUUGGAAAGUCCUCGAAAGAAACAACGGAGUAGACCUGGAUCGUUGGCUAAACCACAACCACAAUCCAGGAACCCUUACCGCAACCUCGAACAAUCUCCUGUUCCCGAACGAAGCAGCAAGCUACCGGAAUCCAAAUCAACAAGACCCCGAACUGAUUCCGAUAGUGGUAGCAGGCAAUCUGAAGAUGACACUCCAUCCGUACUCAUUGCCAUGCUUGAGGCUGCGGAGUCUCAGUGUAAGGCCCAAUCGGAUUUUGUGAACGCUCAUUUGUACUGGAAAACACUCAAUCAGCUUCAUCAGAUAUCAUCCCCAUCUCUCAAGCGGGAUGGCUAUGCAUCUCUCUUGAACAUUUUCUCUCGUGGACCUCGAGAUUCUAUUCGGCGUUCUGCGAGUGCCAUUGAGGAGUACGAAGCUUGGGUUGUGUGGUUGAAGCAAUCUCAGGAACGUCAUGAUGUAACUAUUGAAUCUAUGAUGAAGAGGCUGAAGGCUCUCAGAGACAAGAUGUGGUAUGUCACCGAUGUCAGAAACUCGGCCGCCUAUGAAGGUGCGCGAAACAUUGCAGUUGCUCUGAAAUGCAUGGCAUCGCCGAAAAAGGCGUCUUACCUACCCCCUGCGAGUAUGCGGCCUCGAAAUACAUCCAAGACUGCAGCAAACAAUUUCUUAUUGAAAACGGAAGCUCAAGUAAUGGACAUGAUGGCGGCAAUCGAUGAACAGGGUGGCCCAAAUAAACUGUCCGACGAACAGGCAGACAAAACUUUACGUUGGUUAUCACAAUUUGGCAUUGAGAACUUUUGCAAAGGCGAAGAGCGUAUUCAUCGAUUCUCUUUGGAAAUCGAGUCUUGCAUCAACAAGUUGGUAGGCGAUAAUCUUAUGGAGGGACCGGUUCUAUGGUCAAGCGAAUUGUACUAUCGAGAUAAACGCAUCUUAGAUAGUGGGAGACAGAAAGGUGAUCUCUACAUCAACGGCCUUGGCUCGUUGAACAUCUCCGGCGACGAGCCUAGCGACCCUGAAGCAGGUCGGCGUAGCUUGAGGAGUAAAGAAUCGUUCGUUCGUCCAGGUCUUCGAGACCUCCGAGCUAUGUCAGCGAGGAAUCAUUCUCAACAAAGUUUUGACUCGGGUCGCUUCAGCAUGUCAAGAAUGAGCACUGGUACUGGGGCACCUAGUACCCAAGGGGAUCUGAUGGACUCCCAAGACUACUUUGGAAUGGCCAGUCCGGUCCUAACCAUUGAUUCUGCAACCACAUUUUGGUCGCCAUUUCAAACCAGAGCACAAUCUCCAACAACUAGUAUUAGCAGUGCCCGUCCAGGCACUGCAUCGUCAUCAACAAACGAGACCGUCAUGAUGAGAGAAGAGCGCGCUAGUCAAGCAAAGCAAAAGUUUCUGGUUGAUCUGAAACAGACCUUAACGAGCUUACUUCUUAGUGAUUUAGGUAUGCUAGUUUUUGCUAGAGGCAGUGAGACCGAUUCUUGGUUUGCUGGUGAUCUAGGUCAGCAUUGCAUGGAGAGAAGAGAGCGAACUGAUCGAAAACUUCGCCGGAAGAAUAAGAGAAGGACACUUGAGAAAAAGAAGAGCUUUAGAGAUCUUCGUGGAGCACAGAAGGGCGACUUGCCAGGUGAACGCCCCGAGGCUUACCUCGAGCGACUAGACAGAAUCUCACCAAAUUCUACGAGAGCCUCUUCAGAUCGGGGCUCGGUUGAUUUGCAAGCUGAAGGCUCAUCUACCUGCGAGACAGCUGCACGAAUCUCACGAAAGCAGAUCCCCAAAGAUCAAGACUCUCCAGACUUUCCAUAUCGACAAGCAUUUCAACGAUUGUUGAGAAUGUUUUCAGUUCAUCCAAAUCCAUACGCAAAAUUGAAUGCGUUGUUUGAGUUGGAACAUCUCAUUAUUGCAUUCCUCACACCAUCAGGGCCUCGCCGACCGCGUUUGCGUCAAGAUACACUAACUGCUGCUCCUCCACCAGAGGCUCGGCAUAUUAAUGCAUUUGGACAUAGCGAUACGAACACAACUACCCCCCGCGCUAAGAAUCUGGAAGAGGCUAUAGACAACUGCAAAGAGCGUCGUUCGCAAGCUCUCAAUCAGCCUGAUCCAUCAUCACCCGUACAUCGCAGUAAUGAUCGAUCAUCUAACAACCCCACACCAGCUAGCACAGAUAUGAUUGUUGAUGUUCUCCAAGAUCUGUUCCGGGAUCCAGACAUCAGACCAAAGACACUUUUCCGUGACCUGCAAUUCAUCGCUUCCUUCGUUCCCGCAUCUGUCCUCGACAAGACCGAGCGCGGAAAGGCGUUUUGGGACGCCGGCCUCGCCGCUCUAGGUCUCAAACAAGACGUCUGCAGAACCCUCAUCGAGAUUGCAGACGAGGUGGUGGUGCACUAUACUCAAACACGCAAAACCACCACUUCAUCUCCCGAGCCCCUCCCGCCUACCACCUCCUCAGGUGAGCUCAUGAAAUACUCCAUGCAAGACGCGGCACAAAUGUGGACCAUCACCGCGAAAGAAGGGGACCCCGUCGCCGAACGUGAAUUAGCCAUUUUCUAUCUCACCCAUCCGGAGCUCGUGGAACGUGUCACAGCGCCGUUGAGUAAACCCCGUGAGACGUUCAAGGCGCAGGUUAUGGAGAUGCAUGGUGGUGGUAAUACGGGUAAAGAAGAGAGGGAUCGCGAGAGGAGCGAUCCAGCAACGAUGUGUGUCGCGUAUCAUUGGAUGGAGCUGAGUGCUCUGGGAGGCGAUGUGCUGGCCAAGACUUAUUUGAGGCAAAGAGAAGAGCUGAAUGCUAUUCCCUAGGCGUUCUUCCUCUCUUUCUUUUGAGAGGGAUUGGCAUCUGAAUAUUGUGGAGUAGGAGGUUUGGUGGCUCGCAUAGACUUUUCUUCUUCUUCCUUUCUUUAUGAGGGAGGUUACGGUUGCGGUGGGUUGCAUGUUUGAUACCAUUUUCUAUUUUCUCUUGUCUUUUAGAUGAGUUGGAUGAGAUGGAAGAUUCUCUUUUCUUUCCGAGAUAGGUGGCAUGCGAGGUAGAUGGUUGGAUGAUUGUCCAGUAGAGGGCGGCCGUUUUGUUUUUUGUUGUUUUUUACUAUAUACCCCAUACCCAUACCCCCCGUUUUGUUCUUUUUGCACGGACUAGUGUUCGGAUAGCUUAGUGGAUAUAUAUACAUAUAUGAAUAUUAUUAUAUAUUACAUAUUAUGAGCACAUAUAUAGUAUAGCUAACGUACC